AUGGGAGGUGUAGAGGACAAUGAGCCACCCACAAAACGUGUGAAAGUGUUCUCUGGAGAAUCAUCGGAAGGUCCUUCAAACGGGUUGUCCCUUAGAGAACAAGGCAGUUGCUCGUCAAGGCGCUCGAUGGCUCGCGUUUUAGCUUCUCAAGACAAUGAAGAGGUUGUGGGUCAGAAUGGGGUCGUUAGAAAAGUCGAGCUUGUCCGGAUUAUAGCCGAGGCACUAUAUUCUCUCGGCUACUCCAAGUCCGGGGCCCGCCUGGAGGAGGAGUCCGGGUUCCCACUGCACUCAUCUGCAGUGGAGCUGUUCAUGUAUCAAGUGCUCGAGGGCCAAUGGGAUGAAAGUGUCUCCAUGUUGCGCGAGAUGGGCUUGGCCGAUGAGAAGGCUGUUAAGUUAGCUACUUUUCUCAUAUUCGAGAAGAAAUUCUUUGAGCUUCUGGGUGGAGGGAAAACCAUGGAUGCUUUGAGGAUUCUGAGGACUGAGAUAGCGUCACUCGGUGUGAACCACGAGAGGGUGAGGGAGCUUGCCUCGUUUGUUUUGUUCCCUCCAGGAAAUUUAGUUGAUGGAAUUAAAGAUAAGGAGUCACGUAAAGAGCUGCUGGAGAAAUUGCGUGAGAUACUUCCGCCAGCAUUGAUGAUCCCGGAGAAUAGGUUAGUGCACCUUCUUGAACAGGCUCUCGUCUUGCAGAAGGGUGCUUGCAGGUUUCACAAUUCUUCGGUCGGGAAAAUGUCGUUGCUGGCUGAUCACAAGUGUGGAAGGGACCACAUUCCUUCCCAGACAUUGCAGAUAUUAAAAGAACACAGCAAUGAAGUCUGGUUCCUGCAAUUUUCUCACGAUGGGAAAUACUUGGCCUCGUCAUCUGGUGACGGUCUUGUCAUUAUAUGGGAGGUCUCGGUCGAUGGCCGUGUUUUUCUGAAAUACCAAUUUUCCGGCCACCAGAAACCUGUCUCAUAUAUUUCAUGGAGUCCCGAUAAAUAUCAACUUCUUCUCACUUGUGGAUUAGAAGAGACUAUUAAAAUGUGGGAUGUGACCUCGGGAGAGUGCCUGCGUACGUAUCAAAAGAAUGGACUGGGUAUGGUCUCCUGCGCGUGGGCCCCACACUCGAAAAGCAUAUUUUCAGGUGCAACUGAUAAGAGCAUCAUCAUGUGGGACCUCGAGGGGAAUGAGCUGGAUUGCUGGAAAGGGCAGAGGACUACCAAGAUCUCGGAUUUGGGCGUGAUUAUGGAGGGGAAAGUGUUCGUGACUGUUUGUAAAGAAAACGCGAUUUUGCUGUUUGAAUGGGAAACAAAAACCGAGAGAUUUAUCGAGGAGGAUCAGCCGAUAAUUUCCUUUUCGCUUUCGGAAGACAACAAGUUUUUGCUCGUCAGCCUUUUAAAUGAAGAGCUUCACGUUUGGAGUGUCGAUGGGGCCACUGAGCUGGUGGCUAAAUACAGAGGUCACAAACGUGCACGUUUUGUCGUGAGGUCGUGUUUUGGCGGGUUAGAUGAAGCGUUUAUCGCCAGUGGAAGUGAGGACUCUCAGGUAUGUAUAUGGCACAGGUUAUCUGGUGAGCUCAUUCUAAAGUUGGCUGGGCACUCGGGAGCAGUGAACUGCGUUAGCUGGAAUCCGACUAACCCUCAUAUGCUGGCUUCGGCAAGUGAUGACCGUACGAUACGUAUUUGGGGAUUAAAUCAGGUGAAUAUGAAUUACAACGGGACGAAUAGCAACGGGGUCCACCAUUGCAAUGGUGAGGCUUGA